AGAAUGACUGUGUAUAAAGGCACACAGCCAGCAACUGCUCCUGCCCUUCACUCCUGGACCAGAGUGACCCUCCAGGACGGCAUGAUGCUCAAGUCUGUCACAGAGAGCUUUGCCCGUAUGAUUCACGGCUUGAAAGUGGACCACCUGACAGAUGGAGUCAUUCAGAGGAGCAAGAGGAUGAUCCUGGAUUCUCUGGGCGUUGGUUUCCUGGGGACAAGCACAGAAGUGUUCCAUAAAGUCACCCAAUAUAGUAAAAUCUACAGCUCCAACACCUCCAGCACUGUUUGGGGUCGACCAGAUGUCAGGCUCCCACCCACAUAUGCUGCUUUUGUUAAUGGCGUUGCUGUUCACUCCAUGGAUUUCGAUGACACGUGGCACCCUGCCACCCACCCUUCAGGAGCUGUCCUGCCUGUCCUCACGGCGUUAUCGGAAGCCCUACCUCAGACUCCGAAGUUUUCUGGCCUCGACAUGCUGCUGGCGUUCAAUGUUGGUAUUGAAGUACAAGGACGGUUAAUGCACUUCUCCAAGGAAGCCAAGGAUAUACCAAAGAGGUUCCAUCCUCCCUCGGUGGUGGGGACUCUGGGAAGCGCCGCUGCUGCAUCCAAGUUUCUGGGACUCAGCUUGACAAAGUGCCGCGAGGCCUUGGCUAUUGCUGUGUCCCAUGCCGGGGCACCCAUAGCAAAUGCUGCCACUCAGACCAAGCCCUUACAUAUUGGCAACGCAGCCAAACACGGGAUGGAGGCCACGUUCCUGGCAAUGCUUGGCCUCCAAGGAAACAAACAGAUCUUGGACCUGGGGUCAGGGUUCGGUGCCUUCUAUGCCAACUACUCGCCCAAAGACCUUCCAGACUUGGAUUCUCACAUCUGGCUGCUGGACCAGCAGGAUGUGGCCUUUAAGAGCUUCCCGGCACAUCUGGCUACCCACUGGGUAGCAGAUGCAGCAGCAGCUGUGAGGAAGCACCUCGUGACUUCAGAAAGAGCCAUGCUCCCUGCUGACCACAUUGAGAGAAUCGUGCUCAGGAUCCCUGACGUCCAGUAUGUAAACAGGCCCUUCCCGGACUCAGAGCACGAGGCCCGUCAUUCCUUCCAGUACAUGGCCUGUGCCAUGCUGCUCGACGGUAGCGUCACCGUCCCAUCCUUCUACAGCGAGCAGGUCAAUAGGCCUCAGGUGAAAGAGUUGCUCAAGAAGGUGGAGCUGGAACAUCCUCCCGACAACCUGCCAAGCUUCAACACGCUAUACUGUGAAAUAAGCGUCGCUCUGAAGGAUGGAACCACUUUCACCGAGCGCUCUGACACCUUCUACGGCCACUGGAGGAAACCACUGAGCCAGGAGGAUCUGCACAAAAAGUUCCGAGCCAAUGCCUCAAAGAUGCUAUGCAGGGACACGGUGGAAAGCCUUAUAAAGGUAGUAGAAACGCUAGAGGAUCUAGAAGACUGCGCCGUGCUAACCAGACUUCUAAAAGGACCCUCUGUCCAAGACGAGGCUUCAAACCAUCCGGUGUGUUCUCAUUCCAUCACACCACUUUGCCAAGGCUUACCAAUAUCUAAACAACAUCACAGUGGAAGAGAUACAAUGGCUUGGUUUCCUGCUCCAUUUGCCCAGCCAUGAACACAGCAAGAUGGAGAGUCCAGAAACAGAGAUGAGUCUCUGUCUCGUAAGUUUUGUAGAGCCACUCCUUUUACCUCCAAGAUAACAUCAAAGAAACAAACAACACAGGAUCUGAUGUAUUCACAGGGGUAAAGUCUAAGUCACCUGUUGUCUGCCUGUAAUCUUUCUGGGGAACUAGUUAUUAACUCUGGGAACUUCACAGAUGUAGAGGAAGUGGACCGUGCAGGUGGAGGGCUGCAGAAGGCGCAAGCUUGCUCCGCCCACAGUUAUGCAGAUAGGUUGGCUCCGCCCAGCCCUCCUCUGCAAUGGCUGGUUGGAGGGAGUAACAGUGCCUCUUUUUCUUUCUACACACAGCCUUGAGUAUGCCAAGAAUCCUUCCGCUUAAGCUUCACUGCAGACAAGUCAGUUUGUGCUGGGGUAGGGAGCGGUGUGGCGCCAGAGUCACAGUUUCACUCUUUGUAUUAGAUAGUCUGUUGGCUCAAAAAAAAAAAUUAUGUUGAGAAAAUUUGACAAGUUGAAGACACAAUAAAAUGAAAAUGAGAAAACUGUAAAUGUGUGAGUAAUGAAAAUAUUAACUAUAAACCAUACAGAUUGUCAUAUUAGCAACUAUGUUGAAUAGCUUCUGAAUUCCUGAUGUUUUCAAGAGAAUAGGCUCUUAGCUCCAGAUGUUGACUUGCAAGCAUUCUCAGGAAAGUAUUAUGGGUAACCAUUUGAGAACUCCAGCAGAAUGUGUCAGCUCUCAGUUCAUAGGAGUAGAAAAUAUAAUUAGAAAAGUGAUAAUACAAUGGAAGAAAAGAAAAAAGAGGGAAUGACAAACAAAGAAAAUACGAUGUUUGGAAAUCACCAUAUAAACUGAUAGAAUCUUGAGUAUAAUAUCUACAGUUCCAAAAUAAAA